AUGGUCUUUGCAUGCAAGAAUUUUUUUUUUUUUUUUUUCUUGAGCAUCGUGGCUCUUCAGCAACUAGACUUGGGUGCAAUUUCCCGCAUCCUCGCAGCCUUUUUUUUCCCUGGGAAAAGCCACUUUAUGAUGACCAAUGCCAUAAUCAGGGAGCUGGUAAAACAAGGACACGAAGUUACAUUUAUCACCCCGUUCUCGAUGGUAAAGGAAAGGCUUGGUCCGAACUACUCAGAAAUAGUGAUACCAAAGUACGAUUUCUGGCCAGAAGCUAAGAAGAUAACGAGCACCAACAGCGUACUAGAAAUGACUGAUAUAUCGAGUUUGACCCUCAUCCAGCUGGUCAAUAUGAUGGGUAUUCGCAGCACAGACUUUGCGUUCGAUCAGCCGGAAGUUCAAGCCAUUAUCAAUAUCAAGGAUAAAGUUGGGAAGUACGAUCUGCUGCUGGCACCACAGUUCUACAACGAGGGUGCCCUUAUCUUGGGACACCUGUUCCAGAUCCCCAUCAUAACUAUUUCGACCCUAGGCUUUUCAAACUUCUUUAGCCAACUGGUUGGCAUCGUCUCUCCGUGGUCCUAUGUUCCACAUGGCUUUAUGCCCUAUUCGGACCGCAUGUCUCUAUGGGAGCGAAUUGGAAAUGUGGCCAUCAGUGGUGCCGAGGAUCUCAUCAGGGAGUUCUCCUACUAUCCGAAGCAGAAUGCCAUUCUAACUAAACACUUCUCACGCUUGCUUAAUAGAGUUCCCACUGUCAAAGAAUUGGAGCGUAACAUUUCAGCAAUCCUGCUGAACAACUAUAUGCCACUGAUAUCGCCCAGACCAAUUUCCUUCAAUAUGAUUUUAGUGGGCGGACUGCACAUUCAACCGCCCAAGGAUCUGCCGGGGAACCUGCAGAAAUUCCUGGACCAGGCUACCCAUGGAGCUAUUUAUUUCAGCUUUGGCUCCCAGGUGCGCAGCGCGGAUAUGCCUCCCGAAAAGCUUAAGAUAUUCCUAGACGUAUUUGGCAGUCUGAAACAGCGUGUUCUUUGGAAAUUCGAAAAUGAAACGCUUCCCAAUCUGCCGGCAAAUGUGAAGGUUCAGAGUUGGCUGCCUCAGGCCGACAUCCUGGCGCAUCCCAAUGUCAAGGUUUUCAUUGCCCACGGCGGACUCUUUGGCACCCAGGAAGCAGUGUUCAAUGGAGUACCAAUUCUAGGAUUACCGGUCUAUUGUGAUCAGCAUCUAAACAUUUAUCAAGCCGAAAAGGCCGGAUAUGCGUUGAGACUGGAUUUCCGAACACUAACAGCAGAUGAGCUACGGAAAUCACUGCUUGAGCUGAUCGAAAACCCCAAGUAUAGUAAUAAAAUAAGACAAGCUUCAAGGGUGUUCCGUGAUAGGCCACUUAAGGCAAUGGAUACAGCGAUGUACUGGAUAAACUAUGUGAUCGAGCACAGGGGAGCUCCUCACCUGGUGGCAGCUGGCGUGGAGCUGCCCUGGUACCAGUUCUACCUUCUAGACAUUGUGGCCCUUGCUUUCGCUCUCAUAAUCCUGUCAAUUAUAGCCGUAGUCCUGAUCUGCCGCCGCAGCUCUUAUAAAUCAAAAAACCCUACCAAGAAGGAGGCCAAGUAGACUUGGCAAAAA